AUGGGAGUCGACACAAGCUACCUGACCACUCAGGUCAACUCGAUCGUCAGCCAGCUACAUAGCAUUUUCGACGACAUCGGGGUCCCUAGUCAUGAACGGGAAUCGAGAGAGGCAGAGCUCUUUGCGGCUCUGUCGGAGACGCUGAACAACCACCUGCGGCUUGUCAGCAAUGAAAAGAACGAAAUGGUGGAAGAAGCACAGCGUCUCAUCAAAACAAUAAAGCAGAUGGAGGCAUCGCUAGACGAUGAGAAGGCAAACGGGCAGUAUGAGCUCGAUGACGAGGAUUUACAAGUUACCUACCCCUUGAACCGCUGCCUCAGCUUUUUAAAGGAGAAGCACGCGGCCAUCAGCAAGUUGCAUCGCGAGCGCUUUGAGCAGGUCAAGAAGCUCGUCGAAGCCUUGGAGUCCUAUUCAUCUCACCUGGAGCCUUCCUUUGUGAAGAUUGAUCUUCCUCCCACUGCGCCGGGGUCAUCUGUUCCUCCAAGCUUUGAUCUUUCUCCAUCCUAUGUUACCGCGCUGGACAACGAGUUUACGAGGGUUUAUGAAGAAUACCAUCGACGUUUGUCUAUUGUGAAAACGACGUGCGAGGAAAUCAUCAAGCUGUGGGCCGAACUCGGAACGCCGCAGGUACAAACUGAUCCCUCCAUUAUGAAAUAUUACCGAGACGCACCCGAGCAGCUCGGUCUCCACGAAUCAGAUUUGUCGAAUCUGAGGGCGAAGCGCGACAAGCUGUUGGACGAGAAGAAGAGUCGUGAGCGGAAGCUGAAAGAGCUAAGAACGGCUGUGGAAAACUUGUGGGACCGCCUUGGAGUCGAUGAACGCGACCAGAAAGCCUUCCUUGCGGCGAAUCGCGGUUGUGGUUUGAGGACGAUCAACGAAUUUGAGGAGGAACUCGCCAGGUUGAAUGAACUGAAGAGGCAGAAUCUGCAUCUCUUUGUUGAGGAUGCUCGAUGCCGGCUACAGGAGCUGUGGGAUAGUCUCUACUACUCCGAGGAGGAAAUGCUAGAUUUCACCCCGGCGUUCUCAGAUGUCUACAGUGAUGCUCUGCUAGAAGCACAUGAAGCAGAGAUUGCUCGGUUAGAGGCUCUUCGGGAGCAGCGUGCUCCGAUCCUUGAACUUGUCGACAAACACAAGGCUCUCAUUCAGGACCGUGAUGCUCUUGUGGCCUCAAGCCAAGACGCUUCUCGCCUGAUGUCUCGUGGUAACAAGGGAGAAAAGCGUGACCCAGGUAAACUACUAAGGGAGGAAAAGAUGAGGAAGAGGAUUGCGAAAGAGUUGCCCAAGGUCGAAGCUGAGCUACGGAAGGCCCUGGAGAAAUAUGAAGAGGAAUAUGGAAGGCCAUUCCUGGUCCAUGGCGAGAGAUAUCUCGACGAACUCACCCCUGUGGUGUCGAAGCCUCCGCCACGCUCAAAGACACCGUCCGGACUACCUCCCAGCUCCAAGCAAAGUACCAGCAAGCAGCCUCCUUCGACAGCACGAGGCGGGAACAAUGGAACAAGAGGCCCGCCUCCUCCUCGCUCGGCUACCAAGACUCCUACAGGAACAGGACCCAUCAGGCGCAACGCGGCACAGAAUCCUGCCGUCUCAGCGGCUGCAGCGAAAUCACCUUCCAAGAUUCCCGCUCGUGUGCCGUUAGGAAAUAUGCCUCAUGGGAGUAACUCACCCGACCGUCGAUUGGCACAAAAUUCCUAUUCCUCAAGUACCAUUCGCGGCAAGGUGCCGCCCCGUGCUCCACCGCCCAAGAUGCGUGAUUUGGUAGCAGAUCAAAACGAGGAGCCGCCUCGUUGCGGCAGUGUCAUGUCCACCCGAAGUGUGCGACCUGUUAGUCUGGAAGACCCGUAUGACGACCGUAACCAGCGGUCCUACAUGAGCAGCUCCGUCAUGUCUCGCAGGGCGGACAAUGUCUCUCACUCGUCGUCUCAGUCUUUCCAUUCGUCAACGUCGAAAGAGCGGGCCUAUCCUCCAGAGAACCCAUAUUUGCAACAUCAGCCGCCACCACGUCCGCCGAUGAGACAGGUCUCCAACUCAUCCACAGUGCAGACUGUUACGUCGGGUUCGGAGAAUUGGGAGACGUAUGACGAUACUUCGGAGCCCGAGGCGGAUGCAAGUGACGUCUACUAUGCCAAACUCCGAGCGGCGCACGGCAAGCGAUUUGCUCCUGAUGAGCCCAAUCCUGCGGGGAAGAAAAUGAAGGGUAUCCGGAGCGUUCCAUCAGACGAGAGAAUUGGCGAACAGAAUGGUCAAUUGGUGAGAGUUGACGGAAGGGAUGGUGGAUGGUCCGAUGAUAUGGAGCCGUACUGA